GUGUGGAGAGAUGAGACCGGCACUCAGCUGGAGAGUCGUAACUGGUGAUGAUCGGCUAUUGAAUAGGUUACCAUAACUUUACCAAUUCAUCAGCCGUUGGAGCUAUGACUUGUGUGCACCCUCAGCUUGUCCCAUCUCCUUACGACCACAACAUGUUCAGCGCAGAGCUUUCUGAAUUUAUGUCUCGAAUUUCACCGGACACAUGCAGUCCCCAAGACGCCCUCCCCUCUCCAUGUUUACCUGCUAUCAACUCUUUGAUGCAACCCGACUUUGAGACCUACUCGUGCCAGUUCACCACCAGUUCUGCCCCUGCCCCUCUAAAUGCCCCAUUAGUCAGCGAUACCCCAUUUAAACUAGAAGAUCUUCAGGUUUUUCGAUGCUAUCCUGGUGUUCCGGUGGGUUAUCCCAAAGAAGCAAUGUCUCCGGUUGGUUCUGACUAUUACAGUAGCCCUGCCUCCACUUCCACCCCCUCCACGCCAGGUUAUUUGACACAAUCAGUCUCGUUUUGGGAUUCAGCAUUUGACCCGUACUCACCCAGUCUGGGAUACUGGGGGGUAGAGGACACAACAACAUCGCACACACCUUCAUUUUUCACUUUCGCUCCAGAGUCGAUUGAGCAGUUUUCCCAAAGUUUUGGGCAAUCCCAUCACAAUGUCCAAGAUCAUGAGGCGUUUUGUUUACCCCAUUCUCACAGUGCAUCUAUGACGUAUCCUGCUAUGGCGAUAGAGCAAUGUAGCCUAGAUGGCACCGAGCAGCAAGAAGAAAGCUCCUCUCCCAAAAUGAAAAACCCAAAUGAAGGUUCGUGUGCAGUUUGUGGAGACAAUGCUUCCUGUCAGCACUACGGAGUACGCACCUGUGAGGGAUGCAAAGGUUUUUUCAAGAGGACCGUACAGAAGAACUCCAAAUACGUGUGUCUGGCCAAUAAGGACUGCCCUGUGGACAAGAGGAGGAGAAACCGCUGCCAGUUCUGUCGCUUUCAAAAGUGUCUCGCCGUUGGAAUGGUUAAAGAAGUGGUGAGAACAGACAGUUUAAAAGGUCGAAGAGGUAGACUUCCUUCAAAGCCCAAAGUGGUUCCAGACCCCCCCAUGGCCCCCUCUCCUGUGAACAUGAUCGCAUCACUCGUCAGAGCGCACAUCGACUCCAACCCCAGCGUCGGGAACCUUGACCAUUCCAAGUACGAUGACAGCGACACAGCGCCCCCUACCAAAGUAGAGCCCAAACACGUGCAGCAGUUCUACACCCUCCUCAGCUCGUCUCUGGAGGCGAUCCAGACCUGGGCCCAAAGGAUCCCGGGAUUCACAGAGUUCUGUCUUGAAGACCAAGAGUUGCUCCUGGAGUCUGCCUUUGUAGAGCUAUUCAUCUUACGCCUGGCUUUUCGGUCAAACCCAGACACAGGAAAGCUGGUGUUCUGUAGUGGACUGGUGCUUCAUAAAACGCAGUGUGUCACAGCGUUCGGAGACUGGAUUGAUUCUAUCCUUGAAUUUUCCCAAAGUCUUCAUCGCAUGAAGCUGGAUGUCUCCUCUUUCUCUUGCCUCGCAGCCCUCGUCAUCAUCACCGAUCGACUUGGGCUGAGGGAGUCAAAGCGAAUGGAGGACUUACAGAACCAGCUGAUCAGUUGCCUCAAAGAUCACGUCUCCACUUGUGGACUGUCCUUGCCGCCCGGUCACCUGUCACGGUUGUUAGGGAAGCUGCCCGAGCUCAGGACUCUUUGUAUUCAGGGACUUCAGAGAAUCUUUUAUCUCAAACUCGAAGAACUGGUCCCUCCUCCACCAAUCAUUGAGAAAAUCUUCAUGGAUACACUUACUUUUUAAAGCCCCACCGUGUAACUUUUUAACCAAAAAAUAGAAGUAUGUUAUUUCAUUUCUGACAUUAUUAUUGCACUGAAAAACAUACAUCCUUACUCUGAGAGGGCUUCCAUCUCCACAAACCUGAUUCUUACUUGGCUUGAAGGAAAGCCUCCUCCUGCUUUUCUCCAUGGAAAUGUUGUUGUUUAGCUACAAUAAUCAACAGUGUGGGGGGAAAACUCAUCUAUCUCCAUGGAGAAUGUUCCAAAGUAUGGUUUUAAAUUUCCAUGGAAUGAUGCAAGUGACCUCCAGAAAGGUACACGGUGUUGCUUUAAGAGAUGAUGAAAAUAAAGAACAAAGGACAAAUCUAACACAUAAACACUGAACAUUUUCAACCAAAUGAACUGGAUACUACUGGAAAACAGAAAUAUGUCUGAAAUGUAGUGGACACUAUGUAAAUGCACUGAAGCAGCCUGUGGAGAUUUGGUCUGUUACACAUGAAUGCCUCAAAAGAGCAGCUUUUCUGAUACAAAUGCACAAACCACUGUUCUGUAACUCAGACCUUUUGACUGUGGGGGGCUCGAACCACCCAGACCUUCCCCUGACCUUCCCCUGACCUUCCCCUGACCCCGCCCACUAUGUGGUGGUUCAAUGUAUGAACUAGGCCUGUCAUAGAUGUUUUUUUAUAAUACGAUACAAUUCUUAAAAUAUAACAAUAAACAAUAAGAAGACAACUUUAUAGUAGGCCUGUAAGAUUAACCACAAUUUAAUCAAAAUUUUAAUAGACGUACACAGCAAAUCGUAAAAGCUGCAAUUUUUUAAGUAUCAUAAUUUCCUCCACAAACAACAAAAUAUCUGGUUUUAUUCUACAUAAAAGCUCCUAACCCUGUAGUUUGUAUGUACAAACAUAUUCUGAAAUACAAGUGUUAAAAUGUAGUCCUUAUACAAACCACAAAAUAUGUACGACAAAUGCUGACCCUUACAAAAUAUUGUUAAUUUUCUCAUUUAUUGAAUCUGAAUGAUCGUGACAGGCCGAGUAUGAACUGACUCCUUUGAGUGUUUUGUUUUACUGUAUCAUGAAAUGAGCAGCUAAUUGACUCACAUCAGGUGGAUACACUGGUGCGUUUGUGAAUAUGUUUAUAAUGUUUUUGCACAAUGUAAAUGUUUCUACCUUUUUAACUGAAAAUAAAGGUUGUUCAAAUCAAAUAUAACUUUUACUGAUAACAAUUGUAAUGCUGAUUUAUUCUCAGUUACAAAAUCAUUGUAACCCAUGUUAGUGUGUUAAACAUGUGUGAAUGAAACAAAACAUGUUGACGAGGAAACAACAUUAUUAGCAAAGCUGUAUAUGCUAUAGUUUAGUGUUUUGGUUCUCAAGAUGAUUAUUAAAUCAGAAAGCACCUCACAUG